AUGUUUGAAGAAAAUGUUGAUUCAAAAGGAAUGAUGGCAAGUGGUUAUUUGGAGGAUUUGAGAAAUUCAGCCAGAAUUGUCAUUUGUUUAUUUUCUUCUACCCGGGAAAGCACAAAAGAAUUUAUGCAAGCUGUCAGUCUUUCUGGACUUAAAACACACGAAUAUGUUUAUAUAUUACCUUGGCUACAAGCUGAGGCUAAAGAUGCUUCUCCGUGGAUUGGGGCUGAUGGACAAAUGGUUCAAAAUGUUAAAGAAUUCUUUACUGGAUCGAUUAUUAUUGAUGAUGUAAAUGGAUUUGACAAUACAAUAUUAACACCAUUUAAAGAAAGAGUUGAAUCUAAUGGAAUGUCUGUAGAAGAUUUAAAUUUGCAAAAUAUUUAUGGUUAUAUCCAUUUAUAUGAUGCUCUAAAACUUUAUUCUUUGGCUGCCAGAAUUGCUUUAAAUGAAACUAAUGGAAAUCCAAAUGUAACGACUGAUGGACGUUAUUUGUGGAAUAAAAUGCGAAGAAUGACCUUCCCUGGUAGAUAA